AUGAAGAAAGACAAACGCAAGUAUAUCGAAGUACAAGAUGAUGAUGAUCAAUCGCCAACCAAGAUGCAAAGAAGGGAUUCAGGCAUCGCAGAAAAGAAGCAAGAGGAGGAUUGCGUGAUUACAGUUUACACAGAUGGAUCAGCUCGAAAGAAAACGGAAGGAUCAGAAUGUUAUUGUGUUGGUAGAGCGGGAUAUGGAGUCUACUUCCCGCCUUAUCAACUUUCGGAUAAAUCAUUUUCGAAAGAAACCUCCUUUUGGGGUCGAGUUGCAGGGAAAGAACAAACUUCAAGAAGGGCAGAGUUGACGGCAAUCAUCCGGGCCAUUCAACUUUGUCCUGACAAAAAUGCUCAAUUACACAUAUUCACCGAUUAUAGUGGAACGUUGGAAAUAAGAUCAAAGUAUCGCAAGUGGUCGCAAAAGAAGUCAAGAGCAGAUAUGGACCUUUUAACUGAAUUACGUAGGGAGAUGUACCUACGCAAACAUAUUCCUACCAUCACUUUUGUCAAGGGACACUCGGGUAAUCAUGGCAACAAUGAGGCUGAUAGUUGUGCACGGCAGGGAACAUUAAUCAAGUGUGAGAAAGACGGAGUCAGAACAACCCUGAGGGAAGUAGGCGGGAAGAUCACAAGAAUGGUAGAGGUAUUGGAAGCGUUGUGA